AUGAACAGCUAUCUGGAAGACAGAAAAGUUCGAGUCAGGUAUGCGAGCAAAGAAUAUAUAAAGGUGACAAAUAAGGGAUGCAUACAAGGCUCAAUUGGAGGCCCAACGUUUUGGAAUAUCUUAUUGGACCCACUAUUGGAUGAAUUAGAGAGGCGCGGGAUUUACUGCCAGGCAUUUGCGGAUGACAUCGUUUUAGUUUUCUCUGGAGAAUCAGUCACGGAGCUAGAAAGACAGGCCGACCAGACGCUUACCUAUGUAGAGGCGUGGGGUAUUAAAAAUAAACUAAAAUUUGCGGUGCAUAAAACCAGUGCCAUGGUUGUUACUAAAAAAUUGAAAUUUGAAACUCCGUGGAUCCACAUGGGUGAAGUUGAAAUACAAAUGGUUGACCAAAUUAAAAUGUUAGGACUAAUAAUUGAUAAAAAAUUAACCUUCCAGCAACAUGUUAGUUACGUCUGCACAAAAGCAACCAACAUUUAUAAACAGCUGUCGAGUAGCGAAAAUCUCCUGGGGGCUGAAUCCGGAGAUAAAAGAACGAUGUACGUCGCAGUAGUAGAGCCUGUUAUAUCAUAUGCUGCUGGAGUUUGGGGAGAGGCAGCAGGUAAAAUUUCAAUUCAAAAAAUGCUGAAUGCAGUCUAA